AUGACUUCUAAGUCAUUUGAAUCUAACUGCUUUCAAGAUUUUCUUGAAUCUCUUCCCAAAGAGAUCUUUUGGGAGAGCUUUGAUAUCUAUCAAUGGAAAGGUUUUUGGUUUCAACCUUUCAUUCUUCAAUCCACCAUAGCUUUAUCAACUGAAUUUGUCCCGCGUGACGAUGAUAUCAUAUUAGCUUCAUCUCUCAAAGUUGGGACUACAUGGCUUAAGGCCCUUUGUUUGAGCAUCAACAAUGGUGCGGAUCAAGAAAAUGAAGAUAUUCUCACGAAGGGCAGUCCGCAUUUAUUUGUUCCAACUAUUGAGUCUAUGGUCUUUGUUCCUAACUCAGAUUCUGUGCUUUCUGGUAUGGCUUCUCCAAGACUUCUUCACACACAUUUACCUUAUAGUCUUCUUCCUGAUUCAAUGAAGAACUCAGGUUGCAAAAUUGUUUACCUUACUCGAAAUCCUAAAGACACUUUUAUCUCAUUUUGGCACUAUUUCAAUAGCACCAAAGUUGACACAUGUGGUACAGAAAGACCACUUGUAAUUGGCAUCAAACAACAAAUUUCUUUGGAGAAAGCAUUUGAGUCCUUCUGCAAUGGAACUUACCUUUAUGGACCUAUUUUUGAUCAUGCCUUGGAGUAUCAUAAAGAAAGCUCAAAGAUGCCUCAGAAGAUAUUGUUCAUGAAGUACGAAGAGCUAAAGAAGGACCCAAAAGGGCAACUGAAAAAACUUGCUUCAUUCCUCGGGAAACCAUUUACUGAGGAGGAAAAAGUGGACAAAAUUCUGUGGAGGUGUAGCCUGGAGAGACUCAAGAACUUGGAGGUUAACAAGAAUGGGGUAAAUCCAUGGAAUUGGUUGGAUAAUAGUGGCUAUUUCAGGCUUGGUGUCACUGGGGAUUCGAAGAAUUAUCUAACAGCAGAGAUGGAGGAGCGUCUUGAUCAAAUUGCCCGCACGAAGCUGGAAGCAUCUGGACUUGAUCUUGAUGCAUGA